CCAUGAACACCAACGUGUGCGUGGAGAGCGGCCCCAACCCCGAGGCGCCGGGGCUGCCCAAGGACAGCCACCUGCCCGAGGGCGCCCUCAACAGCCUUGUGGAUUACAACUCGGAGAUGGAGAGGUACCGCUCCUUCGCCACCUUCUACAAGACCAACGGCGGCGCCUUCCCCCAGGCGGCCAAGAUCGCCCGCAUCACCACCCCCAUCUUCCCCAGCGCCGCCGCCGCCGCCGCCGCCCGCAUCGGGAUGUCCCCGUGGAACUGCGACACCGCCACGGCCGCCGCCGCCACCGCCAUGCUCUGGGGCAGCGGCGGCGCGGCGGGAGGGGCGAGGAAACCCCCGUCCUCGUCUUCUUCAUCCUCCUCCUCCGCCGCCGCCGCCUCGCUGCACGCCGGCAGGGGCGGGAUGCAGCACCGGAGCGACGCGCCGCGGCUGGGCAAGCCCGGAUGCCCCGCGGGCGAGCAGCCCUCGCUGCCCAUGGCGAACGGCAAUUUCCUCUCCAGCCUCGCCCCGGAGCACUGCCGGCCGCUGGGGGCCGGCGAGUGCAUGAACAAGCUCAAAUGCGGCGCCGCCGAAGCCGACAUCAUGAACCUCCCCGAGCCGCGAGUCGGCACCUUCUCGGCGAUCCCGGCGCUGGGCGGGCUUUCCCUUCCCCCCGGGGUCAUCGUCAUGACCGCCCUGCACUCUCCGGCCGCGGCUUCGGCCGCCGUCACGGACAGCGCCUUCCAGAUCGCCAACCUGGCGGACUGCCCGCAGAGCCACGCCUCGGCAUCGCCCGCCUCCGCCCUGGGCGCCGCCGCCGGGGCGGGGGGCGGCGGAGCAGGAGGAGGAGGAGGAGGAGGAGGAGGAGGAGGCGGAGGGGGGGGCGGCGGCGGCGGGGCCGGGGCGGGCAACCCCGCCAAGAAGAAGCGGAAAAGGUGCGGGGUGUGCGUGCCCUGCAAGCGGCUCAUCAACUGUGGAGUCUGCAGCAGUUGCAGGAACCGCAAAACGGGACACCAGAUCUGCAAAUUUAGGAAAUGUGAAGAGCUUAAGAAAAAACCGGGCACUUCGCUAGAGAGAACACCUGUUCCCAGCGCUGAAGCAUUCCGAUGGUUCUUUUAAGCAGUAGUGUAUCUUAUUUUCAAGGCAGUCCGAAGUGAAUGGCAAGCUAAAGUCUUGUUUUAAGAAACUGCUUAGUCCACCAUUGAAGAAUAUACUCAGAUACUAUUUUCAUUUAUGUAUAGGGGUUUCCUCAAAAGAAAAAGACAAAAAUCUGGGAGCCUGGGGAAUUGGCCAGCUUCUUCACAUUCAGUACACUGAUUCUUUCUUUGAUGUAACUUAGCUAUACUAGUGAAGUUGUUGUCUAUUUUUAAAGUGGCUGUAAAAAAAAAAAAAAAAAAGUUUGGGUAAACCCCUGCUAUAAAGUCAUGUAUCUUUGAAAAGUAACAUAUCUAUACUUCAUUUUCAAAUAUAUGUGUUUCAGUACUGUAAACUGUACAGAUAGCCGCUUGUAUUUUGUGUGUUUAGACACAAGGAGACAAUCAUGUCUGAGCAUCUAUGGAGAUUAACAGUUUGUACACAACAGUGUGGUUCUGCGAGUUAAAUCCAGAGCAAUAAAUUCUAGCUUUAACUAUGAUUUUGCUUGUUGUUUAGCAGCGGGAGCAACAGCAGCACUGUUUUACCAUGCAUCCUUCCAUAGAGACUUGAUGCCAAGUUUUCCAAGAUAAAAAGAUUGUGAUGCAUCUAGCAAUUACCUUCCAUCGUGGUGGUGUAAGAGGGGAAGACAUAACAUUUAAAAUUAACCUUUCAAGCACUGUAUUAGCGUAGUAGUUUGUGCACUUGCAUUGCUUCCAGAGGAGCUUUACAGAGGGAUAUCUCUCAAAAAAUGCUGUCUGGUGCCUGACUUGCUUUUCACUGUGCUCUGAGGUGGAGCACUCAGCAUAGGCAGAUGUGCAAAACCAGUCAUCUGCAUAAAAGUUAUUUUAGGAUGCAAAACGAAGUGAGUACGCGACAUUAGAAGAAAUGAUGACACAGCCUAAUUACCCUUCACCUAUGAGUUCUAAUGUAACAUUUUCAGUCAAUGGAGUAAAUAUUUUAUAAAGUGGAAUGCCAUAUUUUUUUGUCCAAGUGGAGCUUUUCACAGUUAAGUGAGUUUUGACAGUUGGACUGGUUUGGGUCUCACUUGCACUUGUGUUCAUUUGAGAGCCUGGAUAUUUUUGUGGUAUAAAGAACUUUUUAAAAAAAAAAAGUUUGAAAAAAACCCACUUCUCCCCACACAUUUCUUGGUCCACUGAUCUUGACUUUGCUGAAUGGCUGGUCCCUUAGGCCUCCAGAAGAAUGCUCCGCUAUUCUUCUUCCUGCUUUAGCUGUGUGGAGAAAAUGCCUGCUCCUCAAAAAGGCAGUGCACGGAGGGAUAUAAUUCACAUAGUAUAAAAAAUACAGGCGAUACUGAACUUAGGGAUACUUAUUAUCAGUUGAUCAUCACUUUUUGUUGCUUGGCUUCGUCCUACCACUCAUGAGUGAAAAGGCCAUCCUAUCAAAGUAAGUGAAUGCUUUUGUGCCGUGUAUUUGAUUGGUUUAUCAUUUUAUACAAGGUAGGACCAGUAGUUUCACAGAAAAGAUGCUGGGCAUGGAGAUAACCAGUUAAUGAUGCACAGCACAUUCAAAUCUCAUAUUGUUUUAGCACUUUCUCUGUUUUAUGCAAAGACUUUCAGCCUUUGGCCCCUGAUCACACUCACUUGGCAAAGCACAUGGGAUGGUUUGGAGCACUGCAGUAUGGAACCCGUGCAGGUGGGAGAGAAGCUGGCUUUGGCCGGGGAGGGAUCUCACAGGACUGACGGGUGUUUGGAGUGGCCCAGAAAGUGAAGAUUGAGGAAUGGAGGAGGAGAAACCUCCUGAGGUCACACGUGUAUCAGCAAGGCCAGGCAGAGCAUGGGUGACCCAGGGUAACUGGAGGAGCAUGGGUGGGCUAGGCUUUCACCUGUGUCCUCAACUUAGGGUCGAUGCAUGUAUCUGUGUCUUUGCAUUGUACGAUGUCACGCACGUGACUUGAGAGAUGGGAUGUCACAUUUGAAAUGCCUCUAUCAUGCUGCCCCUCUUAUAAUUUGUAAGAGGUGCUCCGAUGAAUACUCAUCCAAUACCCAUUCAAUGAGCUUUACAUCUGUUUGUAUGGUAGCCAUGUACAGAUUAUUUUUGUGUUGGAAACUUUUUGAUUAGGGCCUCUGUUACUCAC